AUGUCACGAAUAUCAACGUCUAUUCUCAGCAGACAUACAUCACUGCCAUCAGCGGCCAUAACCAUCGCCAAUACGACAAGGCGGUUGCAUGCUACUUCUGAAGUUGUCACACCAACUCCCGAACAACCAGUGCCUUUACGGAAGCAGCUCAAGGAUGAAGCCAAGAAGGCCAAUAAGCAAGGCAAAAAGAAGCCAAAGGGUGACUCUCAGACUGUUGAUGGUUGGGAAUUGACCGUCGGUAUUGAGAUUCACGCUCAAUUGAACACCGCCCGCAAGUUAUUCUCACCAGCUGUCACGUCUUUCAACGAUGAACCCAAUAGCCAUGUUGCUCUUUUCGAUGUCGCUAUGCCGGGAAGCCAGCCUUUGUUCCAAAAGGAAACUUUAAUUCCCGCUUUGCGUGCAGCCUUGGCCCUGAACUGCGAAGUCCAAGAGGUCAGUCGAUUUGACCGAAAACACUAUUUCUGGUGGGAUCAGCCCUCUGGAUACCAAAUCACUCAGUACUAUGAGCCCUUCGCCAAGAAUGGGCACAUCACUCUUCUGGCUCGAGAUGGAAUUUCUCCUCAAGAUGGCGAAAGUGUGACGAUCGGAAUUAAGCAGGUUCAGCUCGAGCAGGAUACUGCCAAGACGCUCGCUCAAGCCGACAAGGUUCAAUGGCUCGACUUCAACCGCGUAGGUGUUCCUCUUAUUGAGAUUAUUACCGAGCCUGAACUUCAUCACCCUCGCACUGCUGCCGUUCUUGUGCGAAAGAUUCAGAUGUUGCUGAAUACUGUGGAUGCCUGCGUCUCGGGUAUGGAAACAGGAGGUCUGCGAGCUGAUGUCAACGUUUCUGUUCGAAGAACUGAUGGAUCUAACCCAUCUCUCGGCACAAGGACUGAGAUCAAAAACUUGAGUACCAUCAAAGCGGUUGAAGAUGCAAUCAUCGCAGAACGUGACCGUCAAAUUCGCGAGCUGGAAGCCGGCCGCUCUAUUCCCAGUGAAACUCGCGGUUGGUCUAUUGGGUCUACGGAAACACGGCGACUACGUGGAAAAGAGGGCGAAGUUGAUUAUCGAUAUAUGCCAGAUCCUGAUAUCGCGCCUCUUGUCAUUGGAAACGACCUGAUAGGCCACUUGCGUCAGUCACUGGCUGCCACUCCUGAUUCGGAGCUGGACACUCUGAUUGCCCGAUUUGGCCUUACGGCCAAGGAUGCGUUGUCUCUGAUUAACCUGGAGAAUGGUUCACGUGUCCAAUACUACUAUAAGGUCCUUCACUCCAUCCAGAACAAGCUUUCCGAAGAUUUCAGCGAGGCCGAGAUGCCCGAGUUCAAGAGCUAUUCUGCUCUGGUGGGUAACUGGAUCAUCCACGAACUUGGCCGCCUGACUACCUACAAGGCUGGCCCACUUGCAGCCCGAGAUCUGACAUUCACGCCAGAAGGCGAUUGCGAGCAGGUUCCUGACUCAGACCUGUCGCAGCUCCUUUAUCAUCUGAUAUGCAAACAAAUCACGGGCAAAGUUGCCAAGGAACUUCUCUUUGCCAUCUAUCUAAAGGAGAUCGAAGGUGGAGUCACCCAAGCAAUUGCAGAGAACGAUUUGUGGUUCAAAGAGAUUCCUGAAGAGGAAUAUGAGCAGUUGGCUGAUGAGGCCAUGGAAGGAGAGCACAAGAUCUUACGGGAGUUCGCUAGCUCCGAGACGUUUCCUCAGGGCAAGCUCAUGUUCCUUGUGGGCAAGAUGAUGCGACUUGGACCUACUGAGCGCAUUGUUCCUGCAAAUGCUGAACGUGUCAUGAGGGCAAAGGUUGAGGGUCUUCGAAACCCGUGA